AGCUAGUCUCUUUAUUAGUACAGACUGUUGAGAUGUGUUCGACUGACUGAAAAUUCAUUCCGAAAAAUGUUUUUCAAAGUUAUCGCAUUUCUCUUUAUCCUGGGCAUCUGCACUGCGUGUAGAAGAGAACCCAGUAUCUAUCAUUCAAAAGCAGAUAAAUCUCCAGGUGACAAUGGAGUACAAAUCAAAAUCAGCGAAAAUCCAAAAAGUUAUAUCCCAGGGAAACUGUACGCACUUAAUCUUAUGGCUUCAAACCCUCUGGAUCAAAGUCGACGCUUCAAGAAGUUCAUUCUAACGGCAGAAGCUUCAGAUGAAGCAGGAAAUUUUUCUCCCCAAAGAGUAGGCAAUUUUCAACUCCUGCAAUCCAGUUUGGCGAAGUUUAACUUUGAGUGUAUCAACACACUCAAAGAACUGAACGAUAGCGCCAAAACUGAGGUCUUCUUUAUGUGGAAUGCACCUCCACCAGGCUCUGGAUGCGUUACAUUCAAAGCAAUGGUUUUAAGGGAUUCUCUAAAUUGGUUUGCAGACGAAGGAGGUUUACAAAAAACAAUUUGUGAACAAUCUGAAAAAGACAAGAUGGCAGAUCCAGAAGAAUGCUGUGCUUGUGAUGAAGCAACCUAUAAUCUUAUAUUCGAAGGGAUCUGGUCUAGCAAAACUCACCCCAAAGACUAUCCUACCCUUUUGUGGCUGACUCACUUCUCUGACGUCAUUGGUGCCUCACACGAGAGGAACUUUUCCUUCUGGGGUGAAGGAAUGAUAGCAUCUGAAGGUUUCAGAAGCUUGGCAGAGUGGGGUUCAGUAAGAUUGAUGGAAACUGAACUUAGGGCCAAGAGCAAAUACCUCAGAACCAUCAUCAAGGCUGCUGGGCUUUGGUAUCCCAGCGUGAACACAAACACCUCCGCCAGAUUCAAGGUGGACAGGAAGCAUCAUCUUAUUUCCUUGGCUUCCAUGUUUGGUCCAACGCCCGAUUGGGUCGUAGGUGUAAGUGGCUUGAAUUUGUGUCUGAAGAACUGCACAUGGCAAGAAAAUGCUGUUAUAGACUUGUACCCUUACGACGCAGGUGUAGACAGUGGUAUCACUUAUAUGUCACCAAAUGCAGAAACUGUACCUAGGGAAAGGAUAUACAGGAUUACAACAACAUACCCGGAAGAUCCGAGAGCACCUUUCUAUAAUCCAAGCGAAAGCGAAAUACCUCCUUUGGCUAGGCUGUACAUCAAAAGAAACUCAGUAACGCCCAGAAAUUGUGAUGAUAAUUUCCUCAAUGCACAGUUAGAUAUCAGUGAAAAUUCUGAAGACACUUCAAGAGUGGAAUGUGCGGUAACAGACUAUUCGAAUUGGAGCAACUGUUCCGUCAGCUGUGGUAAAGGCUUGAGGAUGAGAUCUAGAGUGUACAGAGAACCAGAGAAAGCCGCAACAGCUAACUGCAACAGACAACUGGUAUCAAAGGAAAUGUGCGUGGCAGCCAUACCUGAAUGUCCCAAAGGAGCUAACAAAGAAGACGACCUUUCGAUAGAAGCGCCCUUACCUGAAGAUACCAGUGGAGUUUGUGAGGUAACAGACUGGGAAAACUGGUCUAGCUGUUCAGUCACCUGCGGUCUAGGUUUCGAAAUGAGAACUAGACAUUUCACCAACAAGAUGGGACGCAAGAAAUGCCUUCAUAUUCCAACAGUGGAAAAGCGAAAAUGUAUGAGACCUGCCUGCGUUGGUGGUUCUGCUAAAGUAGAAUCAGAAGAUUCAAUGUGCCCAACAACAGAAUGGAGUGAAUGGAGUCCCUGCAGUACAUCUUGUGGCAAAGGGGUCAGGACAAGAACUAGACUUCUUCUGGUAGAACCCAGCUUGCAACAGCUCUGUAACUCCAGGAUCAAAAUGAUAGAACACGCUGUUUGCACGGAGGUCCCAGAUUGCACUCUAAACACUGAAGCAGCAAAAGUUGUGUGUCUACAAGAGAACGAUGUUGGGGAGUGCCAAGGCAGCUUCAAUCGAUGGUACUUUGACAAUAGAAAGUUCAUGUGUCUACCCUUCAUUUACAGCGGAUGUAGAGGCAACAAGAAUAAUUUCAUAACCUUGGAAGAUUGCCAUCAGUCCUGUGGUGUCAUCAAAGAUUUCGCCAAUGGAAGAUUGCCAACUAGAACAAACUCUGUUGGAGACUUCCCAUCCGGUGCCUCUAAUAUGACAACUAUAGGUGGCCCUAAAAUAGACUGUGUUGUUUCCAAAUUCUCAAGUUGGUCACCCUGUAGCGUCACAUGUGGUAGAGGGGUAACUGAAAGUACCAGAACUAUUUUGACCCGACCUCAGAAUGGGGGAAAAGUUUGUCCUACCAGAUUGGUGAAGAGGAGAAGAUGUGCUGGACCACCAUGUUGAUUUGGCGGCGUUGUGAUUUUAAUUAUAGAAGUGUGAUAGUGUGUAGUUCACGAUUAGAGUUGUCAAUUUUAUGUUUACCUAAUAAAUUUAAUGAUUUUGA